UAAUAGAAACGCUCUUGAAGACGGAGCGCGCGCGUGUGAUCGUCUGCUUCUGUGAAGGGAUGACUGCAAGACGUCUGAUGAUGGCUAUGAAACGUACGCCAAAAGCUAGUUCACGUUUUCAGAUUCUUGCCAGCAUGGAUCUAAGGAUAUACCACUAAUACCAUGACUAAGUGAUGGAUGGGCAGACAGACCGGAUGUUGUGUCGGGUAUAGAAGAUGUUGCAGUCGGUGCCAUAACUGUUAAACUAAUGUCAAAUAAAAUUCCUUCAUUUGACACGUAUUUCAAGUCACUAAAGCCGGAAAACAACAGCCGUAAUCCUUGGUUCCGUGAGUUCUGGCAAUGGAAAUUUAAAUGUUAUCUCCGUGGCUUACCACCGGAGGAGCAGGAUACCAGACAACCUAAACCCUGCACAGGGAAAGAGACAAUUACCGACUUUGUUCAGGAUGCAAAGCUUGGCUUUGUCGUCAAAGCAAUAUACGCUCUUGCCCAUGCUCUUCACAACAUGCAUCGUGAUUUAUGUGGUGAGGAGUCUGGACUCUGUGACAACAUGGCGGUCCUUGAUGGCGGACUGUUCCUAGACUACCUUCUAAAUGUAUCUUUCUCCUACGAACGAGAAUCCGUCUUCUUCGAUGAAUUCGGAGAUCCACCACCAAGAUAUUAUAUUGUUAAUUACCAAAUAUACCAGAAGCACAUGGGCUGGACUGUAAACGAGAGUUACAAAUAUGAAACAAUUGGUUCAUGGAAUAGUGGUGUUUUAACUAUGGAUGACAAUAGAGUGUACUGGCCUAAGCAUAAUCACGGACAUGCCACAAAAUCUAUAUGCAGUGACGAUUGUCCUAAAGGACAUGUUAAGAAAGUACAUGGCAACAUUGCCUGUUGUUGGGUAUGCACACCUUGUCAAGCAAACGAGAUUAUGUUAGAUAGCGAAACGUGUCUACCAUGUACUCUAGGGUGGUGGCCUAAUCCAAACCUCACAGAAUGCAUAACAAUACCUGUUGAGUAUAUCAAUUGGUGGGAUACUGAGGCAAUGGUUGCACUAGUUACAGCCUGUGUCGGGAUGUUCGUUACCCUCUGGAUAGCAGUUGUAUUUAUACGUCACAAUAAUACGCCUGUUGUCAAAGCAUCAACACGAGAACUCAUGUAUAUCAUUCUUAUAGGCGUGUUGAUGGCAUUUUGCAGCAACUUCGUCAUCGUGGCAAGACCAACGCUUGUGUCGUGUUAUUUUACACGGAUUCUUCCGGGAAUGUCAUUUUCUCUUAUUUAUGGUGCUCUUGUAACAAAGACAAACCGUAUAGCACGGAUAUUAGAGGGCACGAAGAAAAUAAUUACGAAAAAGCCACGAUUUAUGAGUGCGUCUGCGCAAGUCAUUAUAACAUGUAUAAUUAUUGGAGUAGAGUGUGCUAUAAUUACUAUAAUGCUUGUGAUUGAACCGGCAGACUCAAAAUUAGAUUAUCCUGCACCAAAGCGAGUAAAGCUCAUUUGUAAUACAACGACCAUGGGAAUUAUAGUUCCACUCGGCUUUGACCUGGUGCUUAUUGCUAUGUGUACUCUUUACGCAAUCAAAACAAGGAACCUACCAGAAAAUUUUAACGAAGCAAAAUUUAUUGGAUUUUCUAUGUACACAACUUGUGUAAUUUGGCUCGGCUUCAUGGCAAUCUAUUUUGGGAGUGAAAGGAAAGUAAUUACCAUGUCAGUGUCGGUCUCUUUGAGUGCUUAUGUUGCGCUUGUGCUCCUCUUCUUUCCAAAGGUGUAUAUUAUAAUCUGGGCACCGGAGAAGAAUACACGGAGCGCCUUCACAACUUCUAAAGAUGUGCGAUGUCAUAUUGGGUCAAUCUCAUGCGCCUCGGGGGAAAGUAUAGAUCUAAUUAGGGAUGUCAAGCAGAUUGAUGGUUUAAAAGUUCCUGCUGGCAGGCGACGAGCUAGUUUUUUCCAAAGACUGCGAUACGGAGGGACAGGACAUCACAAAAGGCAUCAACAUAUGCCAUCAUCAAGGUUGAAGAGAGAUGCUACUGGUAAAAUAAGGCGCGAAAACUCAUUCCACGUGUCUGCAUCAGCUGGCAAUUCUUCCUCAAAAGGGGGAUCAUUUUCUUGGGCUAAAAUGUCGGCUGCUGGAACUUCUGAGGAGGACAGACUUAGUACAAUUAGCAGUAAAGAUGGAUCAGACGAGGUAAAGCGAAAACAUUCCAUUUAUAAACGCGAAUGCGGCUGCCAAACGGAACCGGAACUCAUGGAAAGUAUUUUAAACAUGCCGUAUUUACGCAGACGAUGCAGUCAACGCAUACAACGCACAAGGGCUAUUGAUGAGGACUAUGCGUCAGUGAAAUUUAGCCCAAAUAAUAGUAUGAAAGUUCGUUAUCAGCGACCGACGAGUGAUUCAAUCAAAAAUGGUAAAGGACCGGCUGUUCCACCACAAAGUAUUAAACCCACUAAUCGUGGUGAUUGUCGAACAUUUCUGUUUCCGGGUUAUUCGGAUAGCCCUUUGUCAACAUCAGACGACAUUGAAAAUGAAGAAGACUUCGAAUAUUAUGACAGCAUUUCAGAUUUACUUAAAGCUCAUAAGAUAACACCUGUUUAUAUUGAUAAGAAAACUCCAGUGUGUGUGAAUGAUAAGUCAAUGUCUACAUAUCUAAAUCCACUCGGUAACCGUGAUAUAAAUGACUCGUCAGUAGACGAAGAUUCGGAAAAGCCAUUAUUAAAUGGUGAGAAUAAAUCUCCAGAGCUCGAGGAACCAGAUGAUGGUGUUCGUUUAAUUGUUGAAAAUGGUGUAGAUGGUACAAACACAUCAGUCUUAAAAGACUCUUCGUCAUCCCAUUCUCCAUUCCAUAUUGUCACUAUAGAACAAAACCAAUCUAGUCAGAAUGUUAGCGAUCAAAACGCUAUAGAUAUCCAAACUCAUACAAGUAACCAAAGAAACUCCAUUUGCAAUAACUUAUCAAAAGACGUUCAAAACAACAGUAUUAACGCAAAACGUCGCUCAUCCUCGCCCAUUUUAUCUCACGUGUCUUGCCAUUCCCUAAAUAUUUCAGACGAUAAAAGUAGACGGAGACCGAGUGCCUUGAGUCAGGGAAGUAAUAUUAUGGCACACGAUCAGCCUGUUAAGUCAUUUCCCGGAUGUAAAAGUGCAGACGAUAUGACAUCUAAUGACUUUGCUAAUAAAGUUGAAAAUUCGGACAAAAGUAUGGUCGAAUUCCAAACAUUCCUAAGAGAACGAGGUGUCGAGUUGGAUAUGAAUUAUAUUGAAAGUAGUGAAGUUUGAAAUAACCUUACAGUGGCAGUGAAUCUCACACCAGCUCCAAUUGCUGUAAAAAAUAGUAUGGUAAUUUUCUGGGUUAAUUACCCGUUUACCAGUUCUGAAAAGCAAAGGGAAAGAGGAAAGUCGAUAAAAGCGCUGAAGAAAAACAAAUUCCAAGUCAUUGUUUCACGUGUUUUUGUAAUCGUAUGUAGUUAAAUAGAUAUAGAGGAAAGGUCCGGAAGUUCGAAAGUAACAACAUUGUAGCAUAACAUCACUUGUAUAUACUGUUCAUAUUGAGUUGAAAUAUGUGACGUUAUCAUACAUUUGAUUGAUGUAAUUCGUAUAAUUUUAGUGAUGAACACAUUCCCUUUAUUUCCUAAGAUGUUGUCAGGUUGUGUAGACCAAUGUUGUUGUAAAGUGAUUUCUUAGUUUAUUAUUGGUAAAUGUUUUAUUUUCAAUCACGAGUCAACCCUACCGACUAUAAAAUGACAUAACAUUUACUAGGUUAUUAAAAUAUGUGUUUAUUA